AUGAGGAUUAGGUCUGAAGCGACACUCGGCAACCCCCACUUGAAAAAGGCCUUGUUGGACGAUUUCGCUUCAGUCGCGCCGGCGCUGCUCGGCUUUGAGGGAGAGGAGGAGGCUUUGCAGUUGGCGAGGACGGUCUUCGGCGCCUACCUCCCCGGAGCGCAGGUCAAUGAAGGCACACUUCGGGGACUGGCACAGCUCAUUAGCGACGGGGCGUACAACGUGCCGAACGCCGAGGUGUUGCGUCUCCAUUGCAAGCGCGGAAGAGGAAGAGUAUUCGCGUACCGCUUGCAACACCGAGGUCUUGUUGGUGCAACCGAUCUCUUCAAUAGCUCCGUGGGAUACAUGUGGGUCGGUAAUGGCGACGACCUGAAGUACCUCUUCCGUGCAGAUCUAGGCUCAAGGACGACCUCAAGGACGACCUUCCCAACCCUGGCGGCCAAGGUGGACCAACGCCUAAGCAGCAUCAUGGUGCGGCUGUGGACCAACUUCGCCUCGACGGGAUUCCCGACGCCCGACCCUUUCCUCGGCUUCGUGUGGGCGCCCGCGUGCUCGCCCACCCCGCCCUACCUCAGCCUCACGCCCGCGCCCGCGAUGCUCCAGGAUGGGAACGCUCGGACCUACGCCUUCUGGAGGAGUCUGCCAACCCUAAGGAACCACAUCCUCCACCGGGAGCCCUUCAGCCCCGCCCCUGGAAGCCGAAGUGGGCGGGGCAAGGGUCUUCCUCCUGCGAGGAAUCCCCUUCGGGUUUGUUCGAAUUGCUUUUCGGUUGUCGGGGGUAUUGCUUCGUCAUAG